ACCCCCCCAUAACCCCCACCCUCGGGGGGACAGCAGGGGUGAGCCCCCUGCGCCCCACAGGGCCUGAGGGCCUGCGAGCCCCGUCCCCCCAGGCCUGCCCCCAUGUUUCUGUUCCCACCUUCCGUGGCCCCGCACCUCCUCAGCAGCCCCUGCUGUGUCCCUGCAGACAGGGGUGACACCUGGAGCGGCCUUGAGGGGGAACCCACUGCUCUGGGGCCCUGGGUGGUGGCCGUGCUGGGGACAUGCCGUGGGGAGUGGGCAGGGGUGGGCACGGACACAGGUGUCACAGGUGUCCCGCACACACGCGUGCCACACACAGGUGUCUCACCCACGGGUGUUGCACACACCACACGCACGCCUUUGUCACACACAGAAUCCCAGAACAGUGUGAGUGGGAAGGGCCCUCGGGUGAUGAUCCAGCUCAACUCCUGCCCAGGCAGGCUCGCCCGAAGCAGGUGACACUUGUCCAGGCGGGUUGGGAUGUCUCCAUGGAGGGACACCCUCACCCUCCUGGGCAGCUGUGCCGGGGCUUGGCCUUUCCAUGAUGGAGGGAAGUUGUGCCUCAUGCUGAGCUGGGGCUGCUGGAGCUCAGGGCCUGAUCCUCGUCCUGUCACUGGGCAGGACGGGGCUGGGUCUGGCACCAUCCUCGCAACCUGGGCAGGUCUGGGGUUGGCUCAGAUGUUUGUAUGGAUUGGUGCAGUCCCCUCAGGUGAGGGAUCAGUGUGGACAUGUGAGCAGCAGUCCCCAGCUCCGCGUGGGCUCAGGAGCCCUGGCAGCCCGUCAGACACGGGGACAUUGCCAGGAGCAGGGGGAGAUUGAAAUGGCUCCAGGCUGUGCAGGUGCCCCAGAGCGGGGUGACUGGGGCAGGCAAAUGGGAUGUGGAGCAGCAGCACAUGGCGUGGCAGAUCAAACAGCAGCAUUUGUAGGAGGGCACAGCCACCCUCCUGACACUCAAGGUGUGCUCCCCUCAGGUGGGGAUUAUUUUUUUCACUUGUCCAACUUGGUUAGACCCAGCAGCAGUGCACACACUGACAAAAGCCAUUGCUGGCAGGAGUGGGGAGAAGCAGACAGAGCUCCCCAGGAAACACCGGGCUGAGGGAGUGUCUGAGCCUGUUACUGCUGGAGGACAGUGGAACCAGCACUGCAUGUGGUGUGAACAGGCGGGGGGGAUCUUACAGAGGAGGUGGGGAGGCUGAGGAUUAUCAAGGAGUGCCAAGGAGGAACAGACUGGUGGCGUUGCACCCUUCCAUCCAGGAGAGAAAUGCAAUGCAUGAAAGCUCAGCAAGAGUAGCCCUGACCCUCUUGCCGCCAGGCAGGAGACCUAAAAGCUGGGGAAUGGAAUCAGGUCCCUGCUUAGGGAGGUAGCAGAAUCCCCUCCUGGCCUCCCUCGCCUUCCCAGGUGCCCUCACAGAACCGAUACGAGGCCCUGGGUUUUGAGGGUCAGACAGAUGAGAGUGGAGAAGAAAGUCUACUUGGUGGGUCUCCUAGAUCAGUGCAGUCAGUCAGACAGGUCACAACUACAGUUAUCAAGGAAAAAGGAAAGAAGGGUAGUUGUAGUGGGUGACUCACUUCUGAGGGGGGCUGAGGACUCUGUAUGCCAACCAGACCCAUCCCACAGGGAAGUCUGCUGCCUCCCUGAGGCCCAGGCAAGGGAGGUUGCUGAGACACUCCCUGCACUACUUCAGCCACCAGCUGCUGCCCACUGCUCAUUGUCCUGAUGAGAGAAGUACCAGGGUAACAAAAAAGGACUUCAAGGCACUGGGUUGCCUGGUUGAAGGGACAAGAGCACAAGGUACAAGAGGUGGUGGUCUUGAUUCCUUUGGUAGUAGGGAUGAAUGCUAAAAUGAACAGGAAAACCCAUGGGAUCAAAAAGUAGCUUAAAGACAGGUGCCGUGGCUGGAAUUUCGGGGUUUUUUGAACAUGAGGUGGUUUGUAAAGCACCAGGCUGGAGAUAGAUGGGUUCAUCUCUGGAAGAGGCAAAAGGGUUCCAACCUGUGAAUUGGCAGGGCUGAUUGAGAGGGCUUUAAACUAGAUUUGAAGGGAGAGGGGAAUGAGAGCACAGUCACUAGGAAUGAAGCUGGAGGCAGCAGGCCAGUGCUGGGGACAAAUUGAUAGCACAGCUGAAGUGCAUCUACACCAAUGCAGCAGCGUGGGCAACACAGGAGGAGCUGGAGGCCAUGGGGCAGCAGCAAAGCUCUGAUGUAGCUGCUGUCAUGGAACUGUGAUGAGAUGACUCUGUGACUGGAAUGCUGCAGUGGAUGGCUCCAAGCCCUUCAGGAGGGACAGGCGAGGCAGGAGAGGUGGUGUGAUGACUCUGUACGUUAGGGAGGGUUUUGGCUGUCUGGAGCUUAGUGGCAGUGAUGAAAAGGUCGACUGGUCAUGGGUGAGAAUCAAGGGGAAGGCUGGCAAGGCAGAUAUCCUGGUGGGGGUCUGUUCUAGACCUUCCAACCAGGAUGAAGAGGCAGAUGAAUUAUUCUAUGAAGUGCUGGCUGAUGUUUCGUGGUUGCCAGCCCUUGUUUUUGUGGAGGUCUUUAACCUGCCAGAUGACUGCUGGAAGCAGCACAGUGGAAAGGAGACAAUCUGAGAGGCUCCUGGAAUGUGUGGAGGAGAACUUCUGACUCAGUAGCUGAACAACCCACCAAGGGUGGGGCCCUGCUGGACCUGGUGUUGGCAGGCUGAGAGGGGUGCUGGAAGAUGUGGUGUCGGAGCCAUCUUGGGCACAGUGACCCUGAAAUGAAGGAGUUUUCAGUCCUUGGUGAAGUAACAAGGCGUGUCAACGAAACCUCUACACUGUCAGAGGGUGAAUUUCAGCCAGUUUGGGACACUGAUUUGGACAGUCCCUUGGGAAGCAGCCCUUAAAAACAAAGGGUCCCGGGAAGGCUGGGCAUACAUCAAGAAGGAAACCUUUAAGGUGCAGGAGCAGCCUGUCCCUUAAAAUGAGCUGUGCCUAAAAAUGAGCUGCUGGGGAAAAAGUGAUUGUCCCCCUGAACUUGGCAUUGGUGAGGCCACACCUCAAGUCUGUGUCCAGCUCUCAGCCCCUCAGUUCAAGGACAUUGAGGGGCUGGAGUGUGUCCAGAGAAGGCAACAUAGCUGGGAAGGGCCUAGAGAGGGUGAAUCCUAUGAGGAGCAGCUGAGGGAGCUGGGGAGGCUCAGCCUGGAGAAAAGGAGGCUCAGGGGGAACCUUCUCACUCUCCAGAACUCCCUGACAGGAGAGUGGAGCCAGGGGAGGCUCAGCCUCCCAGGGAACAAAGGACAGGACAAGAGGGAGCGGCCUCAAGUUAUGCCAGAAGAGGUUCAGGGUGGACUUCAAGAAAAAUUUCUUCACGGAAAGGUGGUCAGGCAUUGGAAGGGGCUGCCCCAUGGAGUCCCAGUCCCUGGAAGUGUCCAAGGAACAACUGAAUGUAACACUCAGUGGUCUGGUUGGCAAGGUGGAGACCAGGCACGGGGUGGACUCAAUGGUCUAGGAGGGCUUCUCCAGUGUAAUUGAUUCCGUGGUUCUGUGUGAGUCUGUGAUUUGAGAUAUUUGUAUGGAUUGAUGGAAUCCACUCUCAGCCUUCUCCAGACUAACCAGGCCAAGCUCCUGCAGUCUCUCCUCAUUAACAGACAUGCUCCAGACCCUGAAUCAUCUUUGUGGCCUCCGUGACCCUCUCCAGCAGCUCCUUGUCGUUCCUGAGUUGUGGAGCCCAGAACAGCCUCCCCUGGGCAGGGCAGAGGGGCAGGAUCACCCCCCUGCCCUGCUGGCCACACUCUGCCAAACACCCCUGUGAUGUCCCACCAAAGGGAAAGGGAGAACCUGGGAUCACAGAUGUGCAGGAAGAAUUGCAUAUCUUUGUUAAUGACGAGGAUGAAGGGAGGGAGUGCACCCUCAGCAGGUUUGCUGGUGACACCAAGCUGAGUGGGGCAGGUUACCCCCUGAGGGACCUGGACAGGCCCAAGUGCUGGCCUGUGGGAACCUCAUGGGGUUUGACAAGACUGAGUGCAGAUGCUGUGCCUGGGGCAACCUUUGGAAUCCAUACAGGCUUGGAAUGAGCAGAUGGAGGAGCCCUGGGAGGAGGACUUGGGAGUGCUGGUGGAUGGUGGGGGACAUGACCCAGCCCAGAACCCUCCUGUCCUGGGCUCAUCCCAUAGCAUGUGCAGCAGGGGAUUCUCUUGGAUUGUGCUGUGUGAGGGAGAUCAGGCAUGCUGACCGCCUUCCAUCCAGAGAGCAGCAACUGUAUUUUCCCCCAUAAUUUCAUGCUGUUAUCUUUUUACCCUCAGCCAUCCUCCCACAAAGUACUUCAAGAAAUUAUGGAGGAAAAAAUGUAAACUUCCAUUUCUCAAGGUAUUUAAUCAAAGCCAGUUGCCUUUCUGAAAUGGAUGCAAAUAAACAUAUGUAAAAGGUGAAUGUAGGUGAACUAGCAGAGCACUGCUGUUUUGCAGCAAGGAUCACCACGUUUAAAAUAUUCAGGGUGGGAAGAAGGGUUGACAGGCUGAGAGAGUUAUGGCUGGUCAGCUUGGAGAGCAGAAGGCUCCAGGGAGGCUUUGGUGCCUCUUCCAGUACUUAAAGGGGGCUUAGAAAAAGGCUGGAGGGGUACUUUGGACAAGAGCGUGUAGUGAUAGGACACAAGAAAAAUGGCCUUAAGCUGAAGGUGGGCAGAUUUAGAUGAGGUGUUAGGAGGGAAUUUCUGACUGUGAGUGCGGGCAGUGCACAGAGCAGCUGGGGCUGCCCCUGAAUCCCUGGCAGUGCCCAAGGCCAGGCUGGACAGGCCUUGGAGCAGCCUGGAAUAGUGGAAGGUGUGCCUGCCCAUGGCAGGGGUGGCACUGGGUGGUCAUUAAAGUCCCUUCCACCCAGACCAUUCCAUGUCUCUAUGACUCUGUGCUGCCCCUCCCUGCCAUGCCCAGCACCCAGAACCAGCCCCUCUGUGACAGCGGCCCUGGCCCGGGCACUGUGAGCACCACGAAGGCUGUGGCUGCUGUGGCGGUGGCCGCACUGGAGGUGACACCUCUGCCCAGGCUCUGCCACCUGUGCUGGCACCGAUGGCUUUGCUGGGGCUGCUCAUCCUGCUGGCCCUGGCCAGGCCCGUGUGGGGCAACUGGGACACCUGCAGGUCAGUGGUUCCAGGCUCUGGGAGGGAGCUGGAGGAACACUUGGGGACUUCCCUGGCAGAACUGUGGUGAAAGAUGCCCCUCGGGGUUCUCUGGCCCUGCUGCCGCUCAGCACCAGGUGGGACUUUCAGCCUGAGCAGCAGCAGCAGAGCAGUAGCCACCGAGCAGGGCACUGAUGGCUUUGUGCUUCCAGAGGGACCUGCGGGCUCCGGCCCAUGGCCUCUGACCACAGCUCUGCUGUUCUCGACUACAACUCCGUGGCUUCUGCUGCUGGCACGUCCCGUGCGGGUGGCACCAGUGUCCAGCCAGGAGCCUGGCCCGGCAUCGUCAGCAUCCAGGCCACCUGGGAGAACGGCACGUGGCACAUGUGCUCCGGUGUCCUCCUCAGCUCCCAGUGGGUGCUCACGGUCGCACACUGCUUCGCCAGGGCCGGGGGCAUCUCCAUGUGGGACGUGAUCAUAGGGGCCACAGAUCUAACUCAGAUGGGCCCUGAAGCUGUGGUGAGACGCAUCCAGAGGCUCCUGGUGCACCAGCACUACGUGGCUGCCACGGCCAGGAAUGACAUCGCCCUGCUGGAGCUGGACCAGCCCGUGGAGUGCAGCGACUACAUCCAGCUGGGCUGCGUGCCUGACGCCUCGCUCAGGGUCUCAGAGCUGAAAUCCUGCUACAUCGCCGGCUGGAACUUUGCCAGAGCUCAGGGAACAGGCAUGGUGCUGCAGGAGUCCAAGGUUCACCUCAUGGACACGGAGCUCUGCAACAGCAGCCCAUGGUAUGCAGGGGCCGUUCAUGCUGACAACCUGUGUGCUGGGUAUCCGCAGGGCGGCAUCGACACCUGCCAGGGGGACAGCGGGGGUCCCCUCGUCUGCAAGGACAAUGAAGCCGACUACUACUGGCUGGUGGGACUGAACAGCUGGGGAAGAGGCUGUGACAGAGCCAGGCACCCCGGGAUCUACACCUCCACUCAGCACUUCUACAACUGGAUCCUGCUCCAGACGGGCCUGAGCCCAGCAGAAAGAGCUGGUCCAGCACCGCAGCCAGUUGUCACCUUGGCCCCCGAGGAGGAGCCUGAGGAACCAGAGGAACCAGAGAAACCAGAGAAACACAUCAACUUGACCCCUGAGUACAGCCAGAGACCAGCAGUGACAUCCUCGGGCACGUCACUGCCCAUGGCAUUCCCACACCAGAUGCUGGUGCAAUUCCGGAAUCUGGUGCAGGAGUUCCUGCAGUUUCGGAAGGACAAAAAAGCCUGAGCAGCAGC